AAAAGGAACGCAUGCGCAAUGCGCAAGUUGGAAUUCGUCAUUCAUCGUUCGCUUUGGCCGACAUCGUGAAAUAUCAAAUUUUUCUCAAUCUGCAAAUUUUGCCAACGAUAUACCGCAAUUAUAAUAAUACAAAAUGCCUAACCAGGUAUUAACUAUAGAGCCCCAAAAUGAGCUAAAAUUUAAAGUUGAUUCCUCAGGACUAUUCGAGCAGGGGUACACCACAUACAUGCGACUCAUAAACCCUUCCAGUGAUACAGUGCUGUUUAAGAUUAAGACUACCGCACCAAAGAAAUAUUGUGUACGUCCUAAUUCUGGCGUGCUGGAGCCUAACUCUAAAGUUGAAAUAGCAAUUACGCCACAACCCGUGUAUGUUGAGCCCAACGAAAAAAAUAAACACAAGUUCAUGGUGCAAAGCAUUAUUGCUCCAGAAGGAAAGACUAACAUAGACCAAGUGUGGAAGGAGAUAAGUCCAGAUCAGCUCAUGGAUUACAAGCUGAAAUGUGUUUUUGAAACACCCCGUGGUACUAAUCUCAAUGACUCAGGCGACGCCGCCCAAAACGAAGUGACCAAGAAGAGGGUUGCAGUCACGGAAUCCACAACAAAGGAUGCUGUAGAGGGUCAUAUCCAGGACGCAAAGAGGAGGGAUGAUGAUCACACACCGGGUUUAACCGCAAAAUCUACGAAUCUUCCAAAAUCUGAUCACGUGGAAAGCGAUCUGCAAAAAGCGUCCUUAGAGGUUAUUCUUUUGAGAGAGGAAGAAAGCAAAUUAAGACAAGAGAAUCUGCAGUUAAAAGAAGAGCUGCUGCGUCUGCACCAGACGGCCAGUGGCGACGGACGCGUGGCCCGCACUCACUCGUACGAGCCCGAAAAGACCGCCCAGGCCGCCACCAUGCCCUGGAUGGUAACGGCUCUAGUCAUGGCUUUCAUCGGUAUCAUCAUCGGAAAGUUCCUCAUGUGAAUGGUCUCUCUCCGACCCGCGGUGACCGGCCACCUCACAGACACCGCUGUCACACCACUUACGAACCAUCCUCUCGUACAAGGCAGCUUAACAUUUAUUGAUAUACCUCCAAGAUUUCUCAUGCACUUGUGUUUCCCCAGUCUGGCCCUCUGUAAAGGUUUCUGAUGUUUCAUAAUUUUUCACGAAAGAAAUGUUUUGUUAUAUAUUUGACGUGCCUAAAUUUGAUUCUGAAAUUUUAGUUAAACUUGAAGGCAUUAGAUUAACUAUUAACUCAAUAUAAUGUGACCGCAUGUUUACAUUUUUAGUGCAGAUAUCGUCAAAAUGUAAGGUAGGCGACAUAUAACGUACUAAUACAUAUAUGUAUUACAUAUAUAUUAUAUAUGUAGUACUUACUAUUACAUAUAUAUUAUAUAAAGUGAAAUAAAUGUCUAAUACAUUUUAUUACGAAUUAAUCAUUUCUGUCACUAAAGUAUACUAAAUGUACUAUUGAUAACCCGUCAAUUCCAAUUUAAAAAUAUUUUUAUAAAGAUAACACACGUUAUGAAAGCGGCAUUAACAUUAGGAUCUUAAAUUUGAGUCGCCGAUUUUGAAGUGAUUCUUUCCUAUGCACUAGGUGAUACCAAAACGUGUGAGGCCGGACGGUUUUGUAAUGUACCUGAGCGACGUGGAUAGUCAAUAUAAGUGCUUAUAUUGAUAAUUUUAUCUGGCACCUGUAUUGUAAAAAGAUAAUCAUAUCUUAUUACAUUUUCGCCUACCGUAUUAGUAUAGAAAAAUAUAAGGAUGAAAAAGUGUGACAAACUAAAAUGUAUUUGUAAUGUUUUAUUUCUUUUAUUAGGCAUUGAUGUGGCAUUAGUAGUGUUUUAUAGUAGCCGAUACUAUUACUGAAUAGAUCUAAAUCGUUUGAAACAUAUAGGAACUAGAGAAUUUUAGUUUGUUGUAAUAAUGUACGGGGCGGGGCGUACACGACUAAACAGGUAUUUAACUGUUUAGUCAUUAAAGUGUAUUUGGUAAAGUGUAACAGUCGUAUACAUAACUGUUAUUCUCUCCACGUCACUGCUUUUAAUUGUAAACCCUGACCAUAUUGUUGGGUGUCUGAUUUUAGUUGUUGAACAAAACUGUAGAUCGAUUAUUUUAUAAUUUACUAUACCUACUUUGCCCAGCGACCAAAAAAGCAGCAGCGCCUUCACCAAACCAAUCUGUUACAAUUGUUUUAACCUUUUGCUGACUUGUCCCAUUGCUGUUAAAAGGUCCUUAUUUUCCAUCCGUGACGAUCCAUGGCAAAAUCUAGCUAUUCUCUCAAAAGAAUGUUUAGGUAAUCCCAUCAUCUAAUCCGUGAUCUGCCUCUACCUCUCCAGCCCUCAGUUACUCAAAAAGCGGCUAAUAUGACCAUCAUUCUAGAGCAUUCCUCGCCCACCCUGAUUUUUAUCAGUAAACGUAGCUUGAUAUUCCCGACUUUAUCUAGAUUAGUGAUUUAAAUUAUUUUUCAAAUAUCUAUAAAACAUACUAGUGCCACAUUUAAGCUAUAUAUUUAUUGAUAAAAUCCGCUUACUCAAAAUGAUAGCAUCCACUCUCAGCUUCUCGGAAGUUCCAGCUUUAGUAUUCACGAAACUCAAACACGACUUCUGAUAUAUGACGCGUCGAUAUAUCAUUUUUAGGCCUGUUGCCCACUUACGCACCUAGUGUAGACCUAUUGCUAUGUGUGGAUCAUUAUGGGUGUGCCAGUAUGUAGUAUUCACGCGCCGUAGAAAAAUUCGGCAGCGAAACGCCGACAACAUGUCCGUGGAAAAGAAGCCUUACUUUACAUGACAUAAACAGUUUAAAUGACACAAUCUCUAGUUAUUGUAAAUCACCCAUAACCCAAUAUUAUAAGAUUUUGUAUAAACCUUUGCGUAUUUCAUAUGUGUAGUGAAAGUUUAAUUUAGACCGUUUAAAUUUUACACCGUCUGUCAAUUUUAAACUUGUUAUUUGUAUCUAUUUGCUUAGUCUUGCGACAAUACUUAAUACGUUGCAUAUUUUAUUGACAAAUGAAAUAGAAGACAAUAGUAGCCAUGUAAAUAUUGUAUCGAACUGGUCGGUGUCUGUAGUGUUUAUUGAAAUGACAUUGAAGUUUUGAUGAGCACUCAUUUGAAAUCUCGCAUUUAAAUAUCUGUUAGCCAUUUACUCAGAUUUGGGAAACACGGCAGACGAAAAUUACUAACUUGUUACUUAGACUAGUGUUAAGCUGUCUUUUGCAUUAUAUAUUGAGAAGUAUCAGUACGAGUAUUACUUCAUACGGUGACAGAAAAAUUGUAUAUCGUAUAUUAAAAGCCGCGUCUUCUGCAUCACUGGUCCAAUUCUCUCCGAGUGGUAGCAACGCGAAACGUCUUGUUUUUCAGCCAUAUCGCGCGAAAUGCGAGACAAUACUUGUGAUUGUUUUACACCAGUUUUUGUUUUCAUAUUUUAGUAAAUUAAAGUUCACCUUAACAUUAUGGUUUAGCACUGCGAUUCGUUCGUGGUGGUCGAUAUAUGGGGCCUCACUGCACUGCAAUUGGCUGCUAAAAUACUAAUCGGUAAUAUUUAAUAAUGAGUAAGAUAAAUAUCCUGUAGGUGAAAGAAAAAUCGUUACUUCGAUUUGCCUGCGCCAAUGUGAAUUGGACCUUAUAGCUAAAUAUUUCAUUUCACAAAAACAUAGUUAAAAGUGGCGUUUUCACAACUGCAGUUGUAUAGAAUUGCAGUUGUAAAUGUACUUAUGCUCAUGCAAAAGUAAUAAAUUUGGUUCAGUCACCUCGCACACUGUUAGACUAAUUGUAUAUGAAAAUUAAUAAUAUGUUUGUAUAUAAAUAUUACAAUAAAACUGCAGGAGACUCGGCUUAAUAAAUUAAACGGUUUAAUGAAAUACGGAAAUAAUUUAGUGAAUAACUAUAUUAGAUGUCAGUGUACGUACCUCAAUUUCCCAUUUUAUUCUUUAAUCCUGUUCUGCUGUAGUCAAAAUAAAGAGUUCAUAUAUUGUAGCCUCAAUUUCAAAAGUAAUUAAUUGAUCACAUUGAAAUCUAAAACAUCUAAUUUUCUCUUAUACAAAUUGCAAUUUUGCUAUAUAUUGCAAGUUAAAGCGCGCCCUACUCUUUUCCCAUAAAAGUAAGGAAAAUGGCAAAGGAAAUAUACAUUACUGUCUGGUCGCGAUGCCCCAUUCUUUUAACGCGGAUUUCGGUAAUAUUAUUAUUGAUGACAUUUAUAAAUUUUCAUAUUUAUUAUGGUAUACUGCAUAGUUCAAAAGCUUUUUGAUAACAUAAAUUUUAUUGUGUUUUGUGAUUACUUGAGUAUUUAUUGUUGACAAUCAACAUAAUACAAAAAUAAUCUGUUUCAAAUUAGUGCUCGUAUUAUACUAGUAAUGCACGGUUCGAUAUUGCAAUAAUAUUAAGUAAAAAGUACAGAUGAUAUCAAAAACACUUGCCGUGUAAAUGAGGGAAGACGGAAAGGGAGAAGGUAAUUUUUUUACACUAUAAUUGUAUUAUAUUUAAUUUCAAAGCAGUUAAAUUUGAGUAUUGAGUGCAUAACGAGUUACGAAAUUAGUGUUCUUAUUGACCGUGCCUUCACACGUCACAGCCAUAUGACAAGGAUUCACGUAUAUGUACGUGUAAUAUACGUGUUCAUAAUUUCAUAAACAUUUUAAAUUUGUGUAGCGACUUGACAUAAGAUCGCGCCGACCGCGAUUUCCAAAUUUCACUGACAUUACAAUACGUGACUGAUUUAGUUGGUAUUACCGUUCAUGUCUACAACGAAUGUUUUAUUUUGACAAUCAUUUACUCCAUACUAAUCCACGAAUGAUGCUAUAACAAUUACACGUCGUAUCAUUACUCUCCCGAUGUCGGCCUUACUCUUUAAGUUUCAACCUACAUGACAAAUGGGGCCGUUAUUAUCACACAUUUUAUAUUCUAUUGUAUUAAAAACUAAUUAUAUACGAGGCGAAAUGAUUUGAAGAAGAAUAUUUAUGUUACAGUUUUAACACUCUUAUCGUAACCUAUCGCUAUAUUUUUUUAAUUAUGAGAAUUAUUAAAAAUCAAAUUCCCCUAAAUAGUAAAAGCGUGAUUGGAAAAUGUAUAAACAUCACAAUAACAAAAGUCGCAUCUUAUCCCUGCUAUUCCUAUUGGCCACACUUUUACGUAUUUAGGAGAUCAUUUCUGAAAACAGAUUUUAUUUUAUAAUUUGACUAUCCAGUAGUUUUUUAUUACUAGAGGAAUAUCUUGAUUGCAUUUUUAAACAUUUUGAUUUGGUUUUACGUACAUAUAUUCCGUGGAUUGGUUUCAAUAUGUGAGGUAGUUCAAAGUGCCGGUAGCUUUAGUGAGCUCGCUAGAUAAAUUGUUUUAGCUUAUUUAUAGUGGCAUCAUGCAUUGUGAACCUAUUCGACAUGCUGCCGGCACUGGGUCACUACACGACGUCGAGAGAACCCAGGGGGGCUUGUAAACCUGCUUAUUAGAAUCAUCUUAUGUAAAUAAAAGAUGUUCAAAUAUCAUACUGAUUGCCGACGGUAUUAGUAUUAAACUAAGCAGUAGCCACGCCGGCAUCAGUUUUCCGAGCAUAAAGACAACAUGCAAGUCAUCAUAGACGAUUUUUGAAUUACACUGUAAUUGACCGUCUGAAAGUACGAAUUUUAAUAACGAGAAAAGUAACUAUCAGUGUUAGAUCAUUUGUUCUGAAUAUUUAAUAGUGUUUGCGUAUGUCAUUUCUUUGAAGCGAAUUGAAAUGAUGUUGAAUGUUAUUGCAAUAUAGAUAUUAAUUUUAGUAAUAAAAUAUAAAUGUUAGUGCUACUUCGUUAGUUGUUCGUUCUGAAAUCGUCUAUGAGCUUUUCUCUGCACGCGUGACGACUCAAUCAUAAAUUGAGCAUACAUGUUUACUCUCUUGGUGUAAAGGCGUUAUUAUUUAGUGUAUACUUUAUGGGAAUAAUGGUUCAUGUUUCUCAACUGGGGCUGGAUAUUAGCCUCGCAAAUAUGUAACCAAGUGUAUUUAGCAUUGUCGGGACUGUUACCAACCGUUCUGUGAUGUCAACUAAACAAUCUUGGUUUUUAUUGAAAAGGUAUUGUAGUCUAAAAUAAUCAUCCAUAAGGCUUAUUAUUAAUAUAUAUUUUAAUGAUUGUAUUAUAAAUGGUUACUGCUUUUCGUCAUCUUGUAUAAUCUUAUUUUAAAAAAUGAUAUUGUAUCGAUGUAAUUCAAUGACAAUUUGCGUAUUAAAUUUGGUAGUCUUUUUUUAAAUUAACAAUAGAGAAACAUUUAAAAUUUCCCUACGGUAUUGUUGUUAUAUUAAACUAUGCUAUAUUGUAUCGUUUUCUUAAAUAAAAGACUUAAUUUAUGAA